GUUUAGUGUAAAAAAAAAAUACAGAAUUAUAUAGGCAUCGAUAUGCACCUUUUUGCUACGCAGUGCAACUUUUGAUUGCAUUUUCAUCGCUCAACUCUAAAAUGAGUUCUCACGGAAAAGCAGAAACCGACAGACUCAGGAAGAACUUAGAGGAACAAUUGGAUCGGCUCGUGCAGCAAUUAGAAGAUUUGGAAGAUUGCAGGGUUAAUGAAACUCUAGACGAAACGGAUUAUCAGGAAUGUAAGGAAGACACUAUGGAACAACUUCGCGAGUUUAAUGAGAGCUUACAAAGAAUGAUAUCUGGGAAUAUGACUUUAGUCGAUGAACUUGGAGCAAUGCAAUUAGCAACUCAAGCUGCCAUCAGUGCCGCCUUUCAAACACCAGCCGUGAUAAGAAUGUUCGGUAAGCGAGAACCUACCGGACUAAAGGAACGUCUCUCACAAAUUGAUCGAGAUGUAAAAUUAGGAAAACUUAACAAAGAAGCUGCUGAUCGCCAACGAGGAGAAAUAUUAAGUGCUUUGAGACAACUUGGAGAAAAAUUAGAACCGUCUGAGUUACAGUUGUUAGAACGAUUAUCUUUAAAUAAUAUAGAUACCACCAGGUAUGUGCAAGUUACUGAAACAGUGGGAAAGGGUAAAAUGGCUCUAGAUGUAGUUGGCAAGGAAGUUAAAGCUACACAAGAUACUUGA